CCUGGCAUCAGAUACAGUUGGAGAUCAGGAUACAGACGGACGUGUGGCAACUCCCACAAAAGGAUUCGCUGGAAGUGCAUAUCCCACCCCAGAUGAGCCAUGGAUUAUACCACUCUGACUACACAAGACCCCGUCCCUAAUUACACAGAGUCAGGUCUAGCGAGCACAUCUGAGGACUCGCAGUUCCUGUAUGGUCUGGGGGGUGAGAGCAGCCCAGGUCAUUAUGGAGGGGCAGUGAGCUCCCGAGCAGUGGGCGGAUUCAGACAUUCUCCAGUGUUCCAGACGUUCCCUUUACAUUGGCCGGAAACCAGUGCUGGGAUCCCCAGCAACCUGACAGCAUAUGGGAGAAGUACAGGAACAUUGUCUUUUUACCCCUCAGCUGCUUCAGCCUUAGGCCCUAUAACUUCUCCUCCUUUGUACAGUGCUUCCUCUUUCUUGUUGGGUUCAGCUCCUCCAGCAGAGCGUGAAGGUAGCCCAAAGUUCCUGGAGACCCUGAAGACAGAGAGGGCAAGUCCACUGACCAGUGAUCUUUUACCCUUGGAACCAAGAAGUCCCAGUAUACUCCAGGUGGGGUACAUAGGAGGAGGAGGGCAGGAGUUCAGUCUGUUUCAGUCAACAGAAGAUCGUGAGUGCGUGAACUGUGGAGCUACAGUGACUCCAUUGUGGAGGAGGGAUAUGAGUGGGCACUACCUGUGCAAUGCCUGUGGCCUGUACCACAAGAUGAACGGACAGAAUCGUCCACUCAUCCGGCCAAAGAAACGCCUGAUUGUCAGUAAGAGAGCUGGCACUCAGUGCAGUAACUGCCACACAAGCACCACUACCCUAUGGAGACGGAAUGCAAGUGGAGACCCUGUUUGUAACGCCUGUGGCCUCUACUACAAGCUUCACAAUGUGAACCGUCCCCUGACAAUGAAGAAGGAAGGGAUCCAGACGAGGAACCGAAAGGUGAGCAGCAGGUCGAAAAAGAAGAAGCAGCUGGACAAUCCCUUCGAGCCUCCAAAAGCAGGAGUUGAGGAACCAUCUCCUUAUCCAUUUGGGCCUCUUCUCUUCCAUGGCCAGAUGCCACCUAUGGGACACAUGAUCAAUCCACCACACCACUUUCUUCAGUCACCACGAAUAUCUCAUUCUGCUCCAGCUGUCAGCUAUCGACAGGCGGCAUCAGGGGUAACGCCCCCCUGAAUUAACUUAAAGGGACACAUUCUGAGGGACAGGUUCUAACCCACCAGUCCUUAAUCGUCAGAAAACAUCUUGUCAGCAAAACACAAACUCUACCAUUUGCUUUAAAGGCAAGCCCUCCUCAUAUAUUGACUUACUCCACAAGGAAUAUCUCCCUACCAAGCAUUCAAGCUUUAGUGCCAUACCUCCACCUUGGUGGGAGGACCAUCCCUUCAGAAAGACCUCCUACUAGCAUCAUUUUCUCAUGUAUCCAAGUCAGAUAGUACCUGGCACCUUUCCUUGCCCCAUAGCUUUCCACCACACCCCAAUGUUUAUAUCAGAAUGGGCCAAGGGGGUGCACUAGUACAGCACAAAUGGUCCCAGUGCCAGUGUGAAUCUGAGCCCACAUUGGACAUGACACUGAAAGACAAUCACCCAUCGUGGUGUAGAGUAUAGGGUUGCCACAUCAAAGGACAUAUACUGACCUUUGUACCCAUACUCACACUGCGUAUACCCAGGCAUAGCAUCUAGAGAACAAUGAGUGCAGUGGCAGGACAGUGCUGGUAACCACAGACGGAUACAGGAGGGCCCUGUCACGAUUAAAGGACAAGUUGAUGUUCCAGGCAACUAUAGACAAAGCACAAAACAUGUCAAAUCUCUCCUUAAAAUAAACAAGAACUUUUACUUC